UAUGUCUUAAACAUGUAAAAUAAUAUAAGGAAAAGUAAGUUCAGGGUCUGAAUUCCUGGCUUUUGUUGGAACAACUGAUUUCUGUCUAGUGAUUGAGAAGAUGUGAGACGGCCUAAUUUACGAGUACACAGGUGACUUCUUUCCUGCAAACCGCAGUACAACAGUUCCUCUUAAGCAUCUGUGAAUGAACACAAUUAUUACAAUUAAUGAUAUCGCAGUUGAUUGGCGCCUUGGAGAAUUAAGACCUUUCACACAUAAUACACAACCUUGUUGUGAAGGCAGGUAUUUAUAUUCUCAUUUCACUGAUGAGAGACUACCCGGAGAGGCCACGACAAAUCUGAAAGAUUAUGUACUUUCUCUGUUAAGUCCAAUGUUCCUUUCGUUAUUCCAUGCGAUACAGUAACACAUUCUUGCCUGAGUAAUGAAGUCCAAACCUCAGAACUGCACCCAUCUUGAGAAGGAGGAGGGUGCUGAUGUUUUUCUGAUAAAUGCAGCUGGCAGACACUGUACACGCUUAAUCACAGGCAAAUCCUAGCUAAGCUGUCUACCAAACUAGUCCCUCUUUUUCCCAUUGCCCACUCGAAUGGCUGUUGAUCUUUUCUUCAGAAAAUCCUGGUGUUUCUCCUUUUUGUUUUUAUAAUUGCUCCAAUAGAUGCUUUAAGAUUUAACUCUCUGCUUCUUAAAGCAGAAUCUCCAUCCCAGGUAUGCAACCACGAAAAAGUGAGAGAUCCGUGAAAGACAACGCCCACCAUGGCCCAGUUUCCAGACAGAGAAGCAGUUCUGGGCUGUCUGCCAAGGCUCCAGCCCGAGGGGUCUUUAAGCGGAGUAACCGUUCUUCAAGCCCCCGCUCCUAAGUCACUGCGCUGACGCUCCAGCCCGGGGCUUCCUCCUCGCACCCGCACCGCUGACAGCGGGACUGGGAACUGGGCGGAGGUCGCCCCGGGCCGCACAGCCCCUCCCGAGACCCAGCCCGCCGCUCCCUCACUUCCUGCCCUCUGGUGGCUGGCCCCGCCAGUCCCGCGGAGGCCGGCGCGGCAAGCUCCGCCCCAGCAGCUGCGGGACGGCCACACCCUGCGCGCCGCGCGGGCUCGGGUGGGGUCUCCCCUCCUGCGCCCUGCGCGCCGCAGCCGCGCCCCCGCCGGCGCCCUGAACGCUGUUGCGCAGCGCGCCCCGCCCAGCCAGGCAUCGCGCGGGUGCUGAUCGCGCCCCGUAGCCCCCGUCUCCCGAGACUUCCUCGGCCCGGCCGCCCGCGCCUCCGGGACCAUGCUGCGCUGGCUGCGGGGCUUUGUGCUGCCCACCGCGGCCUGCCAGGACGCGGAGCCGUCGACGCGCUAUGAGACCCUCUUCCAGGUGCUGGACCGCAACGGAGACGGAGUGGUGGACAUCGGCGAGCUGCAGGAGGGGCUCAAGAACCUGGGCAUCCCCCUGGGCCAGGACGCGGAGGAGAAAAUUUUUACUACUGGAGAUGUCAACAAAGAUGGGAAGCUGGAUUUUGAAGAAUUUAUGAAGUACCUUAAAGACCAUGAGAAGAAAAUGAAAUUGGCAUUUAAGAGUUUGGACAAAAAUAAUGAUGGAAAAAUCGAGGCUUCAGAAAUUGUCCAGUCUCUCCAGACACUGGGUCUAACUAUUUCUGAAAAACAGGCGGAGUUGAUUCUUCAAAGCAUUGAUGCAGAUGGGACAAUGACAGUGGACUGGACUGAAUGGAGAGACUACUUCUUAUUUAAUCCCGCUACAGACAUUGAGGAAAUUAUCCGUUUCUGGAAACAUUCCACAGGAAUUGACAUAGGGGAUAGCUUAACCAUUCCAGAUGAAUUCACGGAAGAUGAAAAAAAAUCCGGACAGUGGUGGCGGCAGCUUUUGGCAGGAGGCAUUGCUGGUGCUGUCUCUCGAACAAGCACUGCCCCUUUGGACCGUCUGAAAAUUAUGAUGCAGGUUCAUGGUUCAAAAUCAGACAAAAUGAACAUAUUUGGUGGCUUUCGACAGAUGGUAAAAGAAGGAGGUAUCCGCUCCCUUUGGAGAGGAAAUGGUACCAAUGUCAUCAAAAUUGCUCCCGAGACAGCUGUUAAGUUCUGGGCAUAUGAACAGUAUAAGAAGUUACUUACUGAAGAAGGACAAAAAGUUGGAACAUUUGAGAGAUUUAUUUCUGGUUCCAUGGCCGGAGCAACUGCACAGACUUUUAUAUAUCCAAUGGAGGUUAUGAAAACCAGGCUGGCUGUAGGCAAAACUGGGCAAUACUCUGGAAUAUACAAUUGUGCCAAGAAGAUUUUGAAACAUGAAGGUGUGGGAGCUUUUUACAAAGGUUAUGUUCCUAAUUUAUUAGGUAUCAUACCUUAUGCAGGCAUAGAUCUUGCUGUGUAUGAGCUCUUGAAGUCCUAUUGGCUGGAUAAUUUUGCAAAAGACUCUGUAAACCCUGGAGUCGUGGUGUUGCUGGGAUGUGGUGCCUUAUCCAGCACCUGUGGUCAGCUGGCCAGCUACCCAUUGGCUUUGGUGAGAACUCGCAUGCAGGCUCAAGCCAUGUUAGAAGGUUCCCCACAGCUGAACAUGGUGGGCCUCUUUCGACGAAUCAUUUCCAAAGAAGGAAUACCAGGACUUUACAGAGGCAUCACCCCAAACUUCAUGAAGGUGCUCCCUGCUGUAGGCAUCAGUUAUGUGGUUUAUGAAAAUAUGAAGCAAACUUUAGGAGUAACCCAGAAAUGAUGCUGAAUUUUCUUUUUGCUUUAGCAAAAUUGAAACUUUCAACAAUCCCUGGAGUGACUUUUUCUCCUCAAAUUGAAACAAGUCUAUGGCCAAAGAAACUGUAUUUCUUUCACAAAAGGGAAGAUGAUAACAAUGCAACUUUUCAGCUCAAUUAUAUGUACACAGAAAUGUUAAAAACAUAGUUUUAAUACGUUUUGAAAAGGCCACACAAUUAUACUUUAUCUGUUCUUAAUAGUCCUUCUGCAAAUCUCUGCCCUGAAUCCGAAAUCUGAAAAUGUACUUGCUUAAACAAAAUGUGUUUUGUGUGGUUAAGUUAUAAAUCAUUCAUCUUUUCUUUGGGCGGUUCACGUUUAUGCCACUUCCUUUAUACUUAAAUGUCUUGUUUUAUGUAGUUUGAGUAUCUUUAUAGAUUUCUUUAAAUUUCCUUGUAGAACCAUUAAUAGAAAAAUCAUUACAUUUAAAAUAUACCUUACAGCCAAAGCAUCCUAACAAGUGCAGGGUUUAUGUCCUUAUUCUUCUUUCAGCUGAAUAGGAAUGAACACAAUGGUAGCAUUUCUAAAGAGAAGUGAUAAAAUUAUCUUUACUUCAGUGGGUACUUUUCUAUUUUACAUGUACCAUUAUUUGGUUCCUGGAGUUAAACAUUAAUUUUCAGUAUAUUACUGUUAAAUUGUCAGCACAAGGCAACUUAAUUGAAAGAUUCUGUUCUGCCAUUCCUUUGAAAAGCAGCAGGAAACAAAAUCCUUCGACUUAUAACGGCUUCUGAAGAGCAUCUUUUUUCCUUUGUCCUUUGUUUCCUCCUUUUUAAAUCAGAUUUCAUUUUAAUCAGGAAGACUUCUUGGGACCAUUCUUAGUAACCUGAAAUUUCUUUUUAAAUUACGUGAAGUGGGUUGAUCAUGAGCCAAUGACGUGCUUAUUUCUCCCUCAUUGUUGAAUAUCUUAGAACCCGCUGUUCUCAAUUUGGACAGCAUAAAGGUGAGAGGUACAUAUUAGUAGUACGUAUUACUCAUGCAUUAGAUACCUACAUUUAAAUGAAAGGCCCAAUUUGUAAACACAUACUUCCAUAUUCUCUCUUGCUCCAAGUUUUAGGAACAUGUUAUGAUAUAGGAGACUUAAUUUACAAUAAUGAUAGCAUUUUUAAAUUUUACUAAAGCCAUUUUUAUAGUCAACUAUCUUUUCUUACUUGUGUGAUUAGAACUUAGAAAAAUAUUUACUAAUUGAAGUUAUUGUCACUUUGUAAUUUAGUUCUUAAAAUCAUUUGACUUCUAAUAAUUUCUGUUAUAAAUUGCCAGCAUUUUAAUGAAAAUCGAAUGACGACAUAAUAGGCAAUUUUUGAACCUACCUCUUUUAUUUUCUGAACCAAAGAGAAAGAUGAAUGUUUGUGAAGCAUUUUCAAAAAUGUAGUUUCAUUAUAUUAGUUAUGUUUGAUAAAUGUCUCAGUAUUUUUAUAAUAUGAUAAGCCUGGGAUUCUACCUUAAGGGUUCUUUGUACUUCUGAAUAAUAUAUAAAAUGACAAUAUAAAGGUACAUGAUCAGCUCUUUGUAUUUUUUUUCAUAAAAAUUAUGGAAAUGAAUAAUUUUAGUAACAUUUUUGAAAUUCCAAACUUCUGGAAAAUAUGAAAAUAUUCAUUGUUCAUUAUGAAUUUAAAUUGUUCCCUAUUUAACAUUUGUAAGGCGUGAAUGUGAUUUGUCUGUACAUCUUGUAUCUUUUCCAAAAAAUGAUUCUGUAUCUUUCGGAAAAAAGCCAAGAGUUGAAGAUAGUGUAUAUCUGGCAUUACUGAAUAUUUUCUUGCAAUGUCUAUCAAAAAUAUAUAUUUGUUUUUAAAAUGA